GCUGGUGCAAGCUACCAUAAGCAGCGGACCAACUGAAUCUUGAAUCUCCGGACCGUUCAUUGUGGCAAUGUCAGUGUGGAUGUCUUGCAUUCUAUGCUACUCGUUAACUCGCUGUAUCUUGUCGUCAUUGUCAGCGGUAGGCGUCUCCAUUUCUCUCCACACUUUCUUUCUGUUGGUCAGAUGGGCUGCGUCCACGAAACAUGCCGCGCUUCUCGAACCACCACCUGUCAUUUCGCCCCGUUGCUGAAUCCAUUUCUCCUGCGGAAAACCUCCGAUUCCAUAACAUGGGUGACUGAUCAUGCAGCUGUGUUAAAGUCCCUGCCUCUUGUGCGCGCCCUGGCGGCAUCUGUCGCUCCAUCGCAAAGCUCAGGCCAACCCCUCCCGCAGGUUCUCGGGUGGCUUAUCCAUAAAUACAUACAUUUGGACUGCAGAAAACGCGCAUUGAUGUUCCUGGACGUGCCGGGACACGAGUGAUCACCUUACUAGAGCUACCUAGCGGCCGCCUCGACAACUGCCCUCAUUGGCAUCUGGGCAACUUACCAUGCCUGGCCAAAGGUACAAAGGUGGGGUGGAGUUCUGGCCUGACAUAUUCAAUAUGCAU